GGUCCAGCAGGACGGGACAGCCUCGCUAUGCGUGUCCGGGUUUGAUGCACGCCGACCGGCCAUGAGGACUGAGGGCGCAGGUCGGGACUAACCACACCCUCACGUCGAUGAAGACGCCAGCUUUGGACGCGUCCGCCCCGCGGGAGACAGUGAGCCUUUCGGGCCGCAUGGAGGACACAAUUUGCCGGUACUGAGGCGGAGUAACCCGGACACCGUUUUAAUUUCCCCGCGAUUCGCCCAAAAUGAAUCGGAUCCCCGAUUACUAGAAGAGGACCCGCGCGGCUCGCGUCAAUCCUCCGCCGGGGUAAAGGGGGCCGCAGUGCCACUGCCGACAGCGGGAGAGGACACCGGCGGUAGAAGGGAGGGGUGCACACCGGGAGCCAGCGGCUGCUGUGCGGCGGCUCCCCCCGGGAGGAGCCCUGCAGAGCCCAGCCGGAGUGCGAGCACCGCCGCGGGUAGGACGGAAGAACGCAAGUUUGGAUGCAUAUGAUCACAACCACCAUGAUUUUUAUGAUUCUCGGCGCUUCACUUGUUAUGGCGAUCGCCUGCUUAAUGGACAUGAACGCGCUACUGGAUCGCUUCCACAACUACAUCCUGCCACAUCUGCGAGGGGAGGACCGCGUCUGCCACUGCAACUGUGGGAGACAUCACGUGCACUACGUGAUCCCGUACGACGGUGACCAUUCCCUGGUGGACUCGUCAGAGAACUACUUUGUGAGCGACAGCGUGACCAAGCAAGAGAUGGACCUCAUGCUGGGCCUGCUGCUAGGCUUCUGCAUCAGUUGGCUCCUGCUGUGGUUGGACGGCGUGCUGCACUGUGCCGUCAGGGCCUGGAGGUCCAGCCGCUAUUACGACACGCCGUCCUGGUCCUGGCUGCCCCAGUUCUGCAACCUGCGGGAGCUGGGCGGUCGCGCUCAGCACGGCCAGCUGGACGAGUCCGGCAGCAACAUGGUGCACAUCAAGCAGAAGCUCUACCACAACGGCCACCCCAGCCCUCGGCACCUCUGACUCACCUGUGACUCACCAGUGACUCACCUUCCGUCCUUCUAGAAUCUUCUUCCGGACCUCCUCACCUGGAGGACGAUUGGCAACCAGAACAUUUUGGAGGGUGUUUUUUUUCUUUUUUUCUCUAGAGACACUUUGUGUGUUCAUCGUGGAAGUGGGCAUGCUCUUUUAGGACACACGUGGCCGGCCUUUGUUUCGCUUUUGGUUUUUGGGGGGGUUGAGGGUUUGAAUGGCAACUAUUUUUUUUUUUUGUCAUGUUAGAUUGCUGCUUGUCUGCAAAAUUCCACAUUUUCGUACCUUGUUUCUCACAAACGAUUGGCUUGAUGGCUCCAAUGAAGGAACCAAUGAGAGAUAAACGUGGAAACAUGUGACACACACACACACACACACACACACACACACAC